AAAAGAUCCAACAAGCUCCAAUUGCCUUACUUUUCUUCCUCUUACCUGAGUAUUCUUUUUUCUGCAAUCCCGUUUCUUACAUCUUAUGACCUAUCAAUCGACGAUCACACACUCAUUUUAGACCUAUCACAUUAACAUGGGCAAGUCCAGGCCUCAGAAACAGAAGAAAUCCUCCAAAUCUCGCGAGAAGUCCCUCCUCGGCGUCGGUGGUUCGGUGAAGCAGUCGCAGAGCAAGAUGAACGAAGACCCCACCCAGCUCCUGGACCAGGCGACGAUACUCAUCCAGACCGGCCAGGCCGAUGCCGCUCUACAAUUAGCGCAGCAAGCGCUCGACAGCUCGCCCGCGGGAUCCCCCUCAUACCUGUCGGCCUUGAUCGCCGUCGCAGAGAUCUACGUCGAACUCGGAGAUAUCGACACCGCCAGAGCUCAUUUCCUGCGCGCAGUCGAAGCCGAUCCCAACGGGACGAUACCGGAGUCUCAGGGCGGAGGCGCGGAGAAGUUCUUGUGGCUGGCCCAGUUGAGCGAGGAAGGCGGAAAGGAUAGUGUCCAGUGGUUCGAGAAGGGUGUCUCCUCGCUCCGACAUGCGAUCCAGCAACUAGAACAGAACCCCGGCCCUAAGGAGGCGGCCGAGUUGCUGGAGAAGAAGCGCAAGAUGGCCAAUGCCCUAUGCGCCGUGGCGGAGAUCUACAUGACCGAUCUUUCCUGGGAGGAAGAUGCAGAGAACCGUUGCGAGACGCUCAUCACGGAGGCUCUCCUCGUUGAACCCAAUGGACCCGAGGUCCUCCAAACCCUGGCUUCCAUUCGAAUCUCGCAGCUACGGACCGACGACGCCAAAGCAGCCCUGAGAAGGAGUCUCGAGAUCUGGAAGGACCUGCCCCCGGAGGACCCUAGCAUUCCAGACUUUGCUACCAGAAUCAGUCUUUCUCGUCUCUUGAUGGAGGUCGCGCUGGAGUUUGAGGCGUUGGAGGUCUUGGAGCGGUUGAUCCUGGAAGAUGAUCAGAGUAUCGAGGCUUGGUAUCUAGGCGGAUGGUGCUUAUAUCUCCUGGCCGGGAAGCAACAAGCCCCUGCGGAUGACGAGGAGGAAGCCGAUACCCCAGAGGCCAAGCGCCUUGCAUCGCUUGUUGCCAGUCGCGAAUGGCUCAAGCAGGGUCUGGCUCUCUAUGAGAUCCAGCAGUACGAGGAUGAGAGGCUCAAGGAGCAUGCGCUCGAACUGGUUCAGGAGAUGAACCAGGAACUGGGCGAGGAGAUAGAGGACGAAGAGGCUGAGGGCCAGGAGGGUGAGGAAGGCUGGGAGGAUGAGGAGAUCGAGGUGGACUCAGACAGUGACCACGAAAUGGCUGACUCCUGAAUACAACAAACGCUGCAUGUCCAUGUUACGAAAUCCCCCCUUUCCCUGUCAUGAUACCACCUCAAAAGUCAUGUUAUACUUGCUCGAAAUACCAACGAAUCUAAUAAU